UUAGGUUAUGGAAAGACGUUAACUCGUUAAUUGGUCUAAGAUAAUUUAUGUAUUUGCUUUGCUAAUGAUACGCUGAUGAGUAUACAAUCAGAGUAUAGGAACGUCGUAUAUAUGGUUACAAGUAGGUUUUAAGCAAACAGUGCAAUUUAGUAAAGGUCUUGUGAGUGUCGUGAUGGAUCGAAAAAGAAUAUGUUUAUUCGUGAUAGCUAUGUUUUUGGCCUCAGGAAGUGACGCCAUGUCUAGACAACAGUUGAAGAAUUCUGGAAAGAUGCUGAAGAAAAAUUGUAUGAAUAAGAUUGGUGUGACUGAAGAUCAAGUUGGGAGUAUAGAUAAAGGGAAAUUCAUAGAAGACAGAAAAGUUAUGUGCUAUAUAGCUUGUAUCUACGAAUUGACGAAUGUGAUAAAGAACAAUAAAUUAAAUUAUGAAGCAUCGAUCAAACAAAUCGAUCUUAUGUACCCACCUGAUAUAAAGGAAUCAGCAAAGGCUGCUGUGGAGAAAUGUAAAGACGUCCAAAAGAAAUACAAGGACAUCUGCGAAGUUUCCUUUUACGCGGCGAAGUGUAUGUACGAGUUCAAACCGGAAGAUUUUAUUUUCGCAUAAUUUUAGAUUAAAU